AUGAAAAAUAUCAUAUUCAACGCCAGGCGCCACUUUGCAGAUGAGAAAAGCCGUCUGCCCAAGUUGUACGGAUGUAUUAAAAGACAUCAGCUGCAGAAGCGAUGGGAAAAUAUUCGCCUUAAAAGCAAUAAAAUUAAGAACAUCGUCAUGGCAAAAAGAGCUUUCUCCUCUUCUUCUUAUUCAUCUCUAUAA